AUGCGGCGUCAGGAGAGACUUCAGCCUGAACACGUCCUGCCCUUGCAGGGCCGUGGCAGAGUCCGCCUCUCUGCUGAGCACUCCACAUUCUCCGACGACAUUUUUGCAGCCCUUUUCACAGUCAGAGUGCGUGUGGUGUCUGUGGACGGCCUGUGGGACCAAAGUGACAGACACACCCUGAACUGUGCACUGAUUCUGUGUUUGACACCAGGGAAGCUGCAGCAGCAGGAGAGUACCACCAUCAGGAAAUGCUGCAGCCCUGUGUUCAAUGAAGACUUCUUCUUCACAGAGCUGAGUCACAAAGAACUUCAGGAAUUGCAGCUCAGAGUAAAAGUGGCAGAUGAGAGCGACGUCAAAAUGGUCUUUGAAAGCGUGGUUGUAGAUGUCCUCAACCGAUUUUUAGGGGACUAUGUUGUCAAUCUUGACAGCUCUCAGCUCAAGCUUGGCAUAUGGGGAGGGGAUGCCAUUUUGACCAAUCUGGAAAUAAAGGAAAAUGCCUUGAGUCAACUUGAUAUUCCAUUCAAAGUGAGAGCAGGCCACAUAGGACGUCUGGAGCUAAAGAUACCAUGGAAGAACCUCUACAACCAAUCUGUGGAGGCCACACUGGAUGGUGUCUACUUACUUAUUGUCCCCACAGCAAGCAUAAAGUACGAUGCAGAAAAGGAAGAGAAGCAGCUGCAGGAGGCUCGACAGAGGGAGCUACAGCGAAUAGAGGAGACAAAACUUAAAGCUGCUGAGCAAGAGAACCCUAAGCUUGAGAAGCAGGACACCUUUGUGGAAAAACUGGUCACCCAGGUCAUCAAAAACCUGCAGGUGAAGAUAUCCAACAUCCACAUUCGCUAUGAGGAUGAUGUCACAAAUCCAAGCUGCCCUUUGUCAUUUGGAGUGUCCCUGAAAAACCUGAGCCUUCAGACAGCUGAUGAAAACUGGCAUCCCAGUAUUUUGAAUGAGAAUUCAAGGCUUUUCUUUAAGUUGGUUCAACUGGACAACUUGUUUGCCUACUGGAACGUCAACUCAGUACUCUUCUCUAAUCAUAGUGCAGACGAGGCCUUGCGGUGUCUUCAGAGGAGCAUGGAUAUCUCCAACUCUCUCACCAUUGACCAUGAUUUUAUUUUUCGUCCCAUCUCAGCGGAUGCUAAAUUGCGGAUGAAUCCCCGGUCAGAUGUGGAUUUCUCUUCUCCUAAGGUGGACUUGAUUGUCAAUCUUUGUGAGGUGGCCAUCGAGCUAAACAGAUGUCAGUACAUUAGCAUCUUGGAGCUGCUGGGCUCGGUCGAUAUGAUGUCACGGAACCUUCCAUACAGGAAGUACAGACCUGUCGUCCAUUGUCACAAGAAUACUUGCCUAUGGUGGAGGUAUGCAAUCACAGGGAUCCUAGAGGUAGAUGUGAAGCCUCGUCUGCACAUGUGGUCAUGGCAGCACAUCCGGCGGCACCGACAAAUGGUUAAGUGUUACAGAGAGAUCUACAAGGCGAAGAUCACCAGCAAGAAGCCCAGUGAUGAACUUCUGAAGCAGCUGGAGGAGACUGAGAGGAGCUUAGAUAUUUUUAACAUCACACUGGCCAGACAACAGGCUGAAGUAGAGGCAAGCAAGGCAGGACUUCGUAUUUAUCGUCCAGGGAUAAAGAUGGAGGAGGAAGAGUCUCAGGGAUGGCUAAACUGGAUGUGGAACUGGGGAGGAGAAGCCGAUACACAAACAAAGGAAACCAAGACUGGAGGUUUUGAUGAACUAUUAACCCCUGCUGAGAAAGUGAAACUCUACACUGCCAUUGGAUACAGUGAAACUGCCGUUAAUCCUAACCUGCCAAAAAAUUUUGAGGACAUGAAGGUUAAUUUCCACAUGGAAAAACUGUCUGUGUCGAUCAAAGACGGCAAGGACAGGAAGGAGAUCAUCAGACUGACUGUAGGAGAACUCAAGUCCACGCUCACACAGAGACCUGGAGCACAAGCCAUCAAACUCACAGCCCAGCUUAGUUUGUUUGAAGUCACUGGUCUGGCCAGUAACAGGCCUGCACCAACCCUUCUUUCCUCACGGAAGGCAGCUACUGGCGCUUUGACACCGCUGCUCUGCAUCUUGUUUGAGACCAAUCCGCUGGAUGAGAGUGCCAACCAGCGGCUUCACGUCGAAUCCCAACCACUGGAAAUCAUCUAUGAUGCUAUAACAGUGAACAGUAUGUCAGCGUUCUUCAUGCCUCCUGACGACCUGCAGCUGGACGAGCUCACCAAUGCCACCCUCAUGAAGCUGGAGCAGUUCAGAGACCGCACAGCCACUGGUUUAAUGUACGUGAUCGAGACACAGAAGGUUCUGGACCUGAAGGUGAACUUGAUGGCCUCUUACGUCAUCAUUCCUCAGAGCGGCUUCUACGACGGCACUCAGAACAUUUUGCUGUUGGAUCUUGGACAUUUUAAGAUGUCCAGUCAAAGCAGGAAGAAUCUCCCCCAGUUGUCAGUGACAUCCAGCAACAUUGAAGACAUCAUUUCCAGGGCAUAUGAUAGCUUUGACGUACAGCUUAGCAGCCUACAGUUCCUUUAUAGCAAACCAGAUGGUGACUGGAAAAAGGCCCGCAAACAGAAAAAGUCACCACUCCACAUCCUGGAGCCUGUGGAUCUGAAAGUGGUUUUCAGCAGGGCGAUGGUUGUCAAAGACUCUCGCAUGGCAAAGUACAAGAUGUCAGGGGAACUGCCUCUGUUGUCUCUCAGAAUUUCUGACAUUAAACUUCGCAGCGUUUUGGAGUUGGUGGAAAGCAUCCCACUCCCUGAGAGCAAACCUGCUGCGCGCAGCUCUUCAUCGAAUCCAAAGUCAAGGCAGUCGUUCACACCUCAGCUGACUCCCAGGAGACCUCUGAACUUAGCUGACCAGCGCUCUUCUCUCAUUUUUGAGUCGUGUGAGACCAUCAGCAUCACCUCAUUGGGGUCAGAAGAAGAUCUGUUUUAUGACGCCCCAAGCUCUCCAAUUGGGGAUAAGCCAUUUUUCGCGGACAAUCCCAUGCCGCUCCGCUACGCAGAUCUAAGCAAAAGAAGAAGUUUUAUCAAAGAAGACACUCAGAAGAACAUGACAGACCUCAUCUUGACAUUUGAGAUCAGUGAGUUUUCUGUACAGCUGUGCCGUGUGUCUGAAGGCCAGGAGGUUACAGUGCUCCACCUGGACAUAGAGGGCCUGGGUACUGAGCUAAAGCUGCGCACCUUUGAUAUGACAUCGAACACCUACCUGCGAGAGAUCUGCCUGAAGUGUCCCGAAUACAUGGAUUCUGAAGAGAAGCAAGUUCAGCUCAUCACCACUCUGGACAACACAGAAGUUGAUCUGCUCACCUUGGAGUACAUCAAAGCUGAUAAGAAUGGUCCUGAUUUCAAAUCUCAACACAACAAUACAGAGCAGCUCAUCAAGGUGACCUUCUCAUCACUGGAUGUUCAUCUCCAUACCGAGGCUCUCCUCAACACCAUGAAUUUCCUCAGUAACCUCCUUCCUCCGUCAACUAAAAAGGAGGAAGGACAAGAGGAGCUUCCCACAAUCCCUGAGGAGGAUGAGGCUGAGGCAGAGAAGGAGGGAGAGAAGAAGGAGGAAAUUGCCAUAAAUAAGAAAAAAACUUCAAAACGUUCAAAGUUUGCAGAUGUGAUAAAUCUGCAUAUAAGAGCUGAUCUUCGGAGCUUGAAGGUGUUCAUUCGAGGACAGAAAGCCAGAAUCUCAGAGAUAAGUAUCGAAGGUCUGGUUUCUGAAGUCCUUAUGAGGAAAAAGGAGCUGGAGGUUCAGGCCAACUUGAAGAAUAUUGUCAUCCUGGACUGCAACAAAGAUGCCUUUUACAAGAAGGCUGUGUCCAUCGCAGAUAAGGAAGUGUUUGCGUUCCGGAUGGUAAACUAUACAGAUGCAACUGAGGGGGACGCUUAUCUGGAUAUGUCUAAAGUUGACACCUCAGUCACACUAACAGUGGGAUGCAUUCAGGUCAUAUUUCUCAACAAGUUUGUCUCCUCCAUAUUGGCAUUUAUCAAUAAUUUCCAGGAGGCCAAAGCGGCACUGGCUGAGGUGACGGUCCAGGCUGCAGAAAAAGCUGCAUCGGGUGUGAAGGAACUGGCAGAGCGGAGCACACGGAUUGCUCUCAAUGUCCACUUUAAUGCGCCUGUCAUCUUCCUCCCUCAAUCAUCUUCGUCUUCAAAUGUCAUUGUUGCUGAUCUUGGCCGGUUGUGUGUCAACAACCAUUUUGCCAAGCAGCCGUUUAACAGUGAUACUACAAUCCCACCUGUUGUGGAUAUAAUGGCCGUGAGACUGACUGACCUCAAGAUGUACAGAACUACAUUCAUAGAUGAAGGUUUUAAGGGGGAGACUCAGCUGUUGAAGCCAGUCAGUCUUGACUUGGAAAUCCAGAGAAAUCUUUCCUCCAACUGGUACCACAGUAUUCCUGACAUAGAGAUUACUGCUCAUCUGAAGCCCAUGAGUCUAAUCCUCUGCCAGGAGGACAUGAUCGUGGUUUUAAGGACUCUAAGUGAGAACCUGUCAGAGAAGUGUGAUGCCGUUCCACCUUCAGCAGCUCUCCCUCCUGCUGAUCACUCCUCUGAUUCUGUAUCCAACAAAGAGAACCAGGACUCAGGAGCUUCUGGACCUGCUAGCAGUAACACAGUGGUGACAGCUGCUGUUGUGGAGACUCAAAAGAAAGACAUCAAGCUGAAGACCACGCUCAAAUUACACUUCAAGUUUGACUCCAUGACACUGGUCCUGUACAGCCCCAAUGAGAAUAUGAUGCAGCUGUUAGACCCACACGAUGAACAACUGAAGCUUGCAGAGUUCACUUUGGACACUAUCUCCACUUCCGUGCACAUGUUCUCCGACAGCUCCAUGAAAGCUUCAGUCCGACUCACUACAUGUCUUCUAGAUGACGAGAGACCAAGCAUCAAGAUGGUCACUCCAAGGAUGAUGGCGAUGCGUCCUGGGGCAGAGCAGAACAUGAUGGUGGAGGUGAAUUACCGUCAGGGACGUGAUGGCACCGUCAUCAGCACAGUGGUGCAGGAUGUGUACCUUUGUGCCAGCAUGGAGUUCCUGCUGACGGUGGCAGAUGUCUUUCUAAAGGCCAUCCAGCAGGGAUUUGCACAGGCGCCCCAACCCAAGAACAAUUCUGGUGGGGGAGACAAAAAGAACAUCAACUCCUCAGUGACUUCUAAAGACUCCAGUGCAGCUCCAGCUCCAGUGUCAAAGACAGAGAUAAAUGUUGUUGUACGUAACCCAGAGAUUGCGUUUGUGGCUGACUUGACACGUGCUGAUGCCCCGUCCCUAGUGAUGACCACACAGUGUGAACUCCUGAUGAAAAGUGGUCCAGAGGGGUCAUUGAUGACUGCUAUAAUUAAUGACCUCAAGGUUAUGGCAUGUCCAUUCUUAAGAGAGAAGAGAAAGAACAAUGUGACUACUGUUCUGCAGCCGUGUCAGGUGUUCUUUCAGAGCACUCAGCCCCCAGGCUCCCCGCAAGCUAUGGAGGUUUCCAUCAAUGCUCUGUCCCUAAAGGUGUCUCCAAUCAUCAUAAACACAGUAAUUACAAUCCAGUCAGCGCUAACUCCCAAAGCAGAGACCCCUGAGGAACUGGACAGCCCUGUUCCCGUGGACUUGUGGGAGAAACGGAGCUGGAAGGAGCUCAAACUGUGGUUUUUAGAGGAAGGUGGGGAAGAAGACAUAAAGUCACUGACCCCACUUAUACCACAGGGAGAGUCCUUAAAGGUGGACAUAGAAUCAAUCUGUGUGGCUCUGGAGGCUGGAGUGGGACACCGCACUGUCCCCAUGCUUCUGGCCAAGUCCUCCUUCCACGGAGAUGUGAAAAACUGGUCCACACUCAUUAACCUACACAGUGAGCUUAACCUAGAGGUUCACUAUUAUAAUGAGAUGAUGGGAGUGUGGGAGCCACUGCUGGAGCCCUUAGAAGAUGAGACAAAAGAUGGAUUCAGACCUUGGACACUUGAACUGAAGAUGAAGAAGAAGCCAAUGAAGCACAGUGGUGUCUCAGAUGAAGUAGACUUUCUUGUCCCGGACUAUAAGACAGUCAUUGUCAUCAGCAGUAAAGACCAGCUCAACAUCACACUCUCAAAAUGUGGACUGGCCAUGCUGAGUAACCUGGGCACAGCAUUUGCAGAAGCAGCCAAAGAAACAGCAGAGUGUUUUCAAAAGGACGAAGCUCCUUUUGUCAUUAAGAAUAGGCUGGGCCUGCCCGUAUCUGUUCGCUACAGUGAGAUGUUUUGUCCCAUCGAUAAGCAGAGCGUCAACAAAACAGUGAGCCUGGAUGAUGGUGAAACUCUUGGGCUGGACUAUUUAACCUCAACUAACUCUGAUCAGUUCUCAGCCAUGAUCUCCCUCAGUGGAAAAGACUACUACAUACAGCCUACUCCUUUGGGCCACACCCCAGCCAGUGUCAUCCCCCUAAUCAAAGUGGGCAGAGGAAUGUACAGUGUAGUGCACAAAGACUCUGGAGUCACCCGUUUCCUGGUCUGUCAGAUUUACUCUUUGAAGGGCAGCAAGUACAUCAAGAUCCGCUCUCCUUUUCAGAUCAUCAAUCAUUUUUCAAUACCGUUCAAAGUUUUUGAAGGAUCAGAUUGUCUGGGUAUAGCUCUCCCGACUGAGGAGUUCUGUGUGCCUCUGGACUCAUAUAGGUCUGAACUGAGCCUUCAACCACUGACGGUAGGAGAGGCCGGUGACCAAGCGGAGGAGUUUGAGUACUCAGAGGGCUUCAGUUAUGAGGAUUUCAGCAGCAGCCAGCAACCCGAGAAGCACCUUCAGCAGACCUGCCGUCGCCAAGGGCAUGAGGGUGGCGUUAUGACGAUCAACAUGGUGCCAUUACGGGAUUCAGUAACAUUCAAACACACUGGGGGUGUGGGGGAGAACUUUGAUGUGCCCUUUGUGCUUCACCUGUGGCCUUCUGUCCUGCUGCGCAACCUGCUGCCUUACCCCAUCUCCUACAAACUAAAGGACAGUGGAGUUUCAGCUCCUGAGGCCACUCUGAAACCAGGUCACUCGGCUCAGCUCCACACUGCUGUUGUCAAUCAGUCGAGACUUGAUCUCUGCCUGCUGGACUACUUGGCUCAGGAUUGGUCUUCUGAAUACAGUCUCCUCAGUGACCAGGAGGAAAUCACCUUCAUUGUGUUCCAAUCCCUCCGACUCGAUGAUGAAGAUGAUGGAGAAGAGGAAGAGAGGAAGAGGCCUGAGUUGGACAUAGCGGUCCAUGUUAAAUAUGAUCCAGGACAAACUGUUAUUGCUAUCCAUUCACCAUACUGGAUGGUGAAUAAGACAGGCAGAUUGCUGCAGUACAAAGCGGAUGAUAUCCACCGUAAACACCCGCUCGACUAUGACAUGCCCCUGCUCUUCUCUUUUAAGCCUCGGAACUUUCUGAGAAACAACAAGGUCCGUCUGAUGAUCUCAGACAGUGAACUGUCAGAUGAUUUUUCUCUGGACACAGUUGGUAGCCACGGAGAUGUGAAAUGUAAGGGCCGAUACAAGGACUAUUUGGUUGGGGUUAAGAUUGAUGCCAGCAGUUUCAGUCUGACCCGCAUCGUGACUUUUGUGCCAUUUUACAUGCUGGUCAACAGAACCAAGCAGCGUGUCUUCAUAUGCGAGGAGGGACAAGAGAACUGGACUGAGGCUCAGCCAGAGCAGUCAGCCGUUCCUUUCUGGCCUGAAAAUGACACCAAGCGGCUGAAGAUCAAAGUAGACGGUUGUUUAGCACCUCCUUUGACUAUCGACUUCACACGACCAGAGAACUGCCUGUUGCUGCAUUUGGACAACUCUGUCGGAGGGAUCAUCGUAGAUGUGAGUUUGUCAGAGCACUCGGCAACAAUCCUAUUCUCUGAAUACCAUGAUGGGGCAGCCCCCUUCCUCAUCAUCAACCAUACCAAUGACAAGAUUCUUCAGUUCCAACAGAGUGCCCAGAUGGAAACCACAUGGGUGGCUAAUGAGCUGCUCGACUUCUCCUUCUCGGAGGAGGAGGACAGCUCUCAGCAGCAGGCCGAGCUGGAGGAUCUGGAGGCUGGGAAAGCUGUGCACUACACCUGGACGGCACCCACUGGAUCUCGAGAGCUUUUCUGGAAGUGUGGCACUUACAGUGGGAAGUUGACCAAUGAGAAGGAUCUACGCGUGGACAUGAACAACGAGGGAAAACUGUACGUCAUUUCCUUUUAUGAAGGUCUUCAGCGUGUUGUCCUGUUCACCGAAGAGCGACGGAUCUUUAGGCUGCUCUGUGAGAAUGAAAUGGUUCAGCUGGCCGAACAGGAAAUGCUCCUGUCCCUUCAGAACAUGGGCGUGUCUUUGGUUAACAACACCACGGGUCAAGAGGUUUCCUUCAUUGGGAUCACAAGCUCUGAUGUGGUUUGGGAGAUGAAGCCUAAGAAGAAGAAACGCUGGAAGACUCUCCGCGCUAGUGAAAUGGAGCUGUUGGAGACCAGAUUCAAAGAGUACACUGAAUCUGGGCCCAUAGACAAUGCUAUCGUUGAUCUGGACAACAACUUCCAGGUGUCUUUCACUCCCAAUGGUAUGGAUAUGCGGAUGCUCCAGCCAUGUGACGCUCCUCUCAGGAGGCAUUUCCUGCCGGGGGUGAAGGUGGAGUACAGCAUCUCACCACGACAGAGAGCCUACCGUGUCCAAAUCCACCACAUCCAGAUCCAGAAUCAGCUGUCAGGAGCUAUCUUUCCCUAUGUUUUUUACCCUGUGAAACUACCAAAGUCAGUCACUAUGGAGUCAGAGCCCAAACCACUAACUGAUAUCAGCAUCGUGACCAGAACAGCAGGACACUCUGAUAUCUCUCGCAUCAAGUACUUCAAGGUGUUGAUUCAGGAGAUGAGUCUAAAGCUGGAUCUGGGUUUCCUGUAUGCCAUCCUGGACCUGCUCUCCGCUGAGAAUGCCGGCAUCAUGACUGCAGAACAAGAGGUGGAACUCUUUGAGAAGGACAUAGAGUACAUACAGAUGGAACUGAACCACGUCUCAACUACUGACACGUCUCCUAUCAGCCUCUAUGAGUACUUCCACAUUUCCCCCAUCAAGCUGCACUUGAGUUUCUCCUUGAGCACAGGAGGAGAAGAUGGCCUGAAGGAGAAGCGAGAUACGGAGCUCAUUCCUGUCCAGUCCCUCAACCUGCUGCUGAAGAGCAUCGGAGCGACUCUCACUGACGUGCAGGAUGUUGUCUUCAAAUUGGCUUUCUUUGAGUUGACUUUCCAGUUUUGCACCACUCAGCAGCUGCAGUGGGAGGUCAUCCGACAUUAUUCCAAACAGGCUAUUAAACAGAUGUAUGUGCUGGUGCUGGGCCUGGAUGUGCUUGGGAACCCCUAUGGGCUGAUAAGAGGACUGUCGGAGGGCGUGGAGGCCUUCUUCUAUGAGCCCUAUCAGGGAGCCAUCCAGGGCCCGGAGGAGUUUGUGGAAGGAAUGGCUCUCGGUGUGAAGGCUCUAGUUGGAGGAGCUGUAGGCGGUUUAGCAGGUGCAGCCUCCAGGAUUACAGGCGCCAUGGCAAAGGGCGUAGCUGCAAUAACCAUGGAUGAAGAAUUUCAGCAGAAGAGACGAGAAGACAUGAACAAACAACCCAGUGGCCUGAGGGAGGGGCUGACCAGGGGCGGGAAAGGACUCGUAUCUGGGUUUGUCAGUGGAAUCACAGGGAUUGUUACCAAACCGAUUAAAGGAGCCCAGAAGGAGGGUGCAGCCGGCUUCUUUAAAGGUGUUGGCAAAGGUUUGGUUGGAGCUGUAGCUCGACCAACAGGAGGCAUUAUUGACAUGGCCAGCAGUACUUUCCAGGGGAUUAAGAGGGCUGCAGAGACCUCUCAGGAUGUCGAGUCUCUACGUCCUCCUCGCUUCAUUCAUGAGGAUGGGGUCAUUCGCCCGUAUAAGGAACGGGAGGGCGUUGGCAGUCAGAUGCUCCAGAAAAUUGAGAAUGGACGUUUUGCCAAGUAUAGAUACUUUGCACAUGCCAAGGUCAAUGAUUCCGACUUCUUUAUGAUCACCAAGAGGGGGAUAUUUUUCGUGACCAAAGGCACGUUUGGCCAGCUGACCUGUGAGUGGCAGUACCUGUUUGAAGAGUUCACAAAGGAGCCGAUGAUCGUAGACAGCCGCCGACUUCGCAUCGAGGCCAAAGAGAGGGUGAAAUCAGUCUUCCACGCCAAAGAGUUUGGGAAGAUCAUAAACUUUAAAACUCCUGAAAUUGCCAAGUGGGUUCUCACCAAGCUGGAGGAUGCCAGAGAGAGUUUACCCAAAUACUGACUCGUCAAGAAGAGUUCGAUUUGCUUAAAACACACACACACACACACACACACACACACACACACACACACACACACACGGGUGUGUGUCAGUGCCUUUGGUUACUGCAUGAUGUUGCUGUGGCUGUGUAUGGGUUUGUACAUUAACAGAAGUGUUAUGGACGGGCUUCUGAAUCGCAUCGUAUUCAGCACACGGGUUCCGAAUUAAUUAAGAAAACUUUGCCUCACCCUAUUUGCUCUGAUUGCACUCAUCCUUUUGCACAAAAUAAGAGUUUUAUUGAUGUAUUUUCAGAAGAAUUACAUUAAGUCUUGAGUUUACAGACGCAUUU